CAGAAGAACAGUGAAGAAUAGAUUAAUUAACAGAAUGCCGCAUCGAUCAGUAUUCGACGCGUCGGAGUUGAAGACCCAAUUCCACGACGCCGGAAUCAGCCACCGAUUCAUUCCCUCCAUCUGGAAGUUCGCGAUACAAAACCCUGAUCGCCAGCUGGAUGAAGUUCCUGACUUGCCGUCGGCGGCGUACCCUCUACUCCGUUCAAACUUCAAGCCUCUCACGUCCACUCUACACUCUGUUAGCCAUUCUACUGAUGGGUUCACCUCCAAACUCCUUGUCAAACUCCAGAAUGGAGCUUUUGUGGAGGCUGUGAUUAUGAGGUAUGAUACCCGUUUGGGGAAGUACGGAGGGAAACCCCGUCCUGGUGGCCUGAGGUCAACCUUGUGCAUAUCAUCGCAGGUUGGGUGCAAAAUGGGUUGCAAAUUUUGUGCAACUGGAACUAUGGGAUUUAAGAACAAUCUGUCAUCAGGAGAGAUUGUUGAACAACUGGUUCAUGCUUCUCGUCUGUCUAACAUACGCAAUGUUGUUUUCAUGGGAAUGGGGGAACCAUUGAAUAACUAUACUGCCUUGGUGGAAGCAAUCCGCAUCAUGAUAGGAUCACCAUUUCAGCUGUCACCUAAGAAAAUUACAGUUUCAACAGUUGGGAUAAUUCAUGCUAUCAACAAGCUUCAUGGUGAUCUUCCAGGUUUGAACCUAGCAGUGUCAUUGCAUGCACCAGUUCAAGACAUCCGUUGCCAAAUAAUGCCUUCUGCAAGAGCUUUUCCUUUGGAGAAACUUAUGGAUGCACUGCAAGUGUAUCAAAAAAAUAGUCAACAAAAAAUAUUUAUUGAGUAUAUUAUGCUUGAUGGGGUGAAUGAUGAAGAGCAGCAUGCACACCAGCUUGGCAAGUUACUGGAGACUCUAAAAGUGGCUGGGGAAAGAAAUAGGGAUGUUUGACUCAGGACCUCAAGCUGUGCGUUAGUUUGCUCUGCCCUUUGUCAAGUUUUUAUUUGCAAGAAACACUUGACCACAAGUCUUUUGCAAGGAGAAGCAAAAAACAAUUUCUGCAAAAAUGAGCGUAAUGGGCUAGUUUAUGAAAUGUGGCCUGCUCAUAUAUCUUGUUUUAUUAGCUGAUAAGCUCUCAGUAGAUAUGCUUUUAUUUUCCUCUCUUUCAUCUGGUUUUCCAUUUAACAGACUGCCAUUUCACGCAGGUUGUGAAUUUGAUACCUUUCAAUCCAAUUGGUAGUUCAAGUCAAUUUAGAACUAGCAGUGAGCAUAGAGUAUCAGAAUUUCAGAAAAUUCUUCGGGGCACCUACAACAUUCGUACUACAGUUCGUAAGCAAAUGGGUCAAGAUAUAAGUGGUGCAUGUGGUCAGCUGGUGGUGAACUUAUCUGAUAAGAGAUCUCCUGAAAAUACAAGUCUCUUAACUGACAUUGAAGAUAUACAUCUUUGACAAGACAAACCUUGUUGAGACAAGUCUUGGUCCUGCUGGUGAAAAUGACAUUGAAGAAUUCGUUGUGGACUGCUGCGGCAAAACCAGAAGUGGGUUAAUUCUCCUUAAAGGAGGCAUAGAUUGUAAGCACCUCGACCCAACCAUGUAAGUUAAUCUGCUGCAAAUUGGAUGUGUAACAGUUUUGUCCAUAUAUUCUUGUAAUGAGUUAUGCAGGAAGCUAGUAGGCAAAACCAAGAGAACAUGUAAUCCAUUUUGGAUUUGGAAUUAUAAAUUUGAGUUUGCUACAAUAAUCUAAAAAAAAUGCGAUUUUUAA